AUGUCUGUAUAUGUACCAAGAGACUCAUUGUAUACUCCACGUAGAGUGCAAAAAUGUUUAUUUGGGUCAGAUGAAAGUUCAAAAAAGAAGAAAAUUCAUAGAAUUCAAAGAGAUUCAAACUUUGCAGACAGCUCAUCUGGAGAAGAAUCAGAUUUAGGACCCAUGAACAUUAUGGAACAUUCUCCACAGAAAGAAACAUCAGCAGAUUCACCAAAGUUUCUAUUUGAUUCUCCAUUAAAUAAUUCUAAUAAGCAGACAUCAACUAAGGCAGUGCCCAAUACACCAGAAAGACAAUUUGGCAAAGAGUUGCAAAAUGGUAUUGUAGAAACCCCACAUAAAUCUAGAAGUCCAGAAAAUAAAUUAAUAACACCAUUAAAUUCAGAAAAUAAAAUAAUGUUCUUACCAAGACUUCAUAGGCGCAAAUCACUUAAUAUUCUUGAUGCCAUUGAAAAUUCACCUGAGAAAAAAAAGACUAACUUAAAGAGACAUGCUUUUGAAGAAUUAGAAAAUAGAGCUACAAAAUCAGUAAAGACUGAUGAAAAUCAUUUGGUACCAAAAGCUAGAGCUGCUCUAUUUCAAGACAAAGAUUAUGAAUCAAAACUCAAAAAUAUAACACUCAGUACUAAAAAUUUUUAUAAACAAAAACAGAAAGCACAUUUUAUGAGACAUGCGCCCUACCAUAAAAGACACAUUAAAGGACACAGAAUAGAAGGAAUUAAUGCUGGUGUAUCACAUGGUAUUAGGAAACCAAAAUUAAAGACAAAUGUUGAUAGUAUAAAGCAUAAUAAUAGCACAGAAAUGAUUAAUAAUAUAAAAGAUAUGAAUAUACAAAAAGAUUUAUCAAAAGACAUAAGAGGAGAAGAAACGGAGUUAGUAAAUUCAUCAUUAGAAAUUUUAUCACCAGAAAUUGAUCUUAAUAAGCGUUUUUUCAAAAUUAAAGGCUCAAGGAGAAAUUCAGCUAUAUUUACAAUAAAUAAUAAUGUAAAAUUAAAAAUUGAUUCAAUUGGUAAAAUGGCAUUAAGUCAAAAGAAUAAUAGAGAAGUUUGUAAACGGCCAAAAACUGUAGAUACUUCUUUUGAUGCAACUGAUUUGUUAGUAGAUGAAUCAGACUUGGAAACAACAAUAGACAAAGAAAAAGUAGCUAAUAUAUUAAAGAUUUUAGAGAAUGAUUGGGCUGAUGAUGAUUACGAUACUAUGGAAAUACUAACUAAUGAAACACACCAGCAUAUUUCACCACUAAAACCAGUAGCAAUAUUGAAUGACGUUACUAUGUCACCAGCAACUGAACUUAGUAAUAUGACCUCAACAAUGAACAUUAAGGACAUUAGUUCACCAACACUUUACAAAAAUAUUUCUUUAGAUAAUAAUGAAAUUACAUCAGAAGAAAAAUAUUACCCAUUAUUUGAAAAAGGAUAUUCUGCCAAUAAAAUUUUUAAUGCAAUUAAUAAAAGAUCAAUGCCUAAUAUGAAAGAAACUACAAAUUGGCAACUAUCCAUGAAAUUAAAUGGUAGCGACAAUCAAUAUCAACUGGAUGCAGGUCAAAAGAAUUUUGGAGCAACGCAAUGUACAGAGUGUGGUAUUGUAUAUCAAAUUGGGGAUCCAGAGGAUGAAAAUGCUCAUUUAAAUUAUCAUAAUAAUAAAAAAAGUUUAAAAUUUCUCGGUUGGAAAACGGAACGUAUAGUUAUGGAAGAUUCAUUUACAUCAAGUCGAGUAAUUUUAGUAGAGCCAGGUGACUCAAAACUAUAUUGGAAAAAAGUAAAAGAAGUUUUAGAAUACGUUGACAGAGAUUUGGGAUUAGUUAACACAAAAUUAUCGGAUUAUGAGGAGAAAAAUGUAUACUUAUAUAUUAGGAAUAAAGCUAUUAUAGGAGUGUUAGUCGCAGAACAUAUAACUACUGCACAUCGCAUGAUUCCUGAAUUAUUAGAAUUAGAUUGCUGCGCAGCAGAAAAUAGUCCUGCGAAAUGCGGUAUCAAUGUUGUAUGGACAGAUUUAAAUCAUCGCAGACAAGGCAUAGCCACUAAAUUGAUCGAUAUAUUACGGACUCAAUUUUAUUUUGGUUAUAUAAUGUCUAUAGAUGACAUAGCGUUUUCAGUUCCAACUCCAAGUGGAAAAAUAUUUGCUGAGAAAUAUACUAAAACACGGAAUUUUAAAGUUUAUAAUUGAAAAUUAGUCAUCAAAAUACCAUUUUUGAUAAAAUAAAAAUUUAUCAAAAUUAAUGACAAUAGCAUUCGUCUGUUACUGAAUUUAUGUACAAAUGAUAAUAUUGUCUCAUCCUGUUGAUACUUAUUAUAUUGAUUAAUGAAGAACUUAUUCUUUUUAUUAUCUUAAUUAUUUUUCGUUCAGUAAAUUAAUAAUUCAUUUAUUUUAAAAUUUUUUGUUACUAAAAUUGCAUUUUGUUUUUCUUUUAAGUUGAUUAUUCCUGAACGAAGUAUUUAAAUUUUUAAGUAUUUUAGUAUUAUUUCUAGAAUAGCUUUAAAAAUUGA